AUACAAUGGAAAAGGGACACUUAUACUUCACUAAACACCAAUGACCUGGAUUCAGUCAGCAGUAAAGAACAAUAACUCAGAUUCUCUCUCGCUCUCAAACACGCGCACACACACUCCCUCUCUCUCUCUAUCUCUGUGUGUAUUAAUCCAAAUCUGUCCAACAAUCAAAAUCAUCACCAACCCCACUUUGUUUGUUGUUUCCCAUAAUCUCCCUUGUGAUUCUUCUUCUAUAUACUUAAUACUUUUUAGACCAACCCAAUUCUCCUGAAUUAUUUCUCAGAAAAGCCUCUGGACUCGAGCUGUUGUUAUUUGUAGAUGGUAUCCCCAUCGAUUGAGUUUGAGGUACACAAGGACAAGGACAAGUUUUACUCUUGUGCUUCCUUCAUGUUAUAUUUCUUUGUUUUGAUGGUAAAGAAGCACUACUUGUUCUCUCUUUGAUUAGUGUUUGUGUGGGUGUUGAUUGGAAUCCAGUAAUAUAUGCUGAAAACUGGAGUAUUUUCAAGUAUUUUGGGUGAAGGAGAAGAGAGAGAUUAUGACAAUUGUUGAACAAGAGUUGAUGACAAUUGUUUUAGUCUAGUAAGCCAUGGCAAGAAGCAGAGGGGAGAAAGAAGACUGCUACGAUAAGAGCACGGGUUUGAUCAAACUCCUGCAGGUUCUCUCCUUUCUGGUUGUUUUUGUUGUUGGUGUGGUUAUUGGAUUGGCAACAAGUGCCCACAUUAAUCGUCAUUUCGAUGCACAAACUGAGAUUUAUUCGUUUAUCAAUCACUUCUCCUCCUCCAAGGAGACACCACACCAACAAGGGGAGCCUAGUUGUACCGUUGCGCAAAGUUGCGAGAGGAUUGAUUGUUUGAGCAUGGAGACAUUUCUGGAGCCUAACAACUUGACACAUGGUAUGACGGAUAACGAGCUGUUUUGGAGAGCUUCAAUGGUUCCUGCCAAGAAAGAAUAUCCAUAUCAGAGAGUGCCUAAAGUGGCUUUCAUGUUUAUGACUAGAGGACCGUUGCCAUUGAUGCCAUUGUGGGAGAGGUUCUUUCAGGGACAUGACAAGCUUUUCUCAGUUUAUGUGCAUGUAGUUCCAGGGUACAAGCUCAAUGCAUCAACCACCUCUCCUUUUUAUCGACGCCAAAUCCCUAGUCAGCCUGUUUCUUGGGGAACCAUUACACUGAUUGAUGCAGAGAGGCGCCUUCUAGCUAAUGCCUUGCUUGAUUUCUCAAAUGAGUGCUUUGUCCUCCUAUCUGAGAGUUGCAUCCCUGUCUAUAACUUUCCUACAGUGUACAAGUAUCUCAUUGGUGCUAAUUAUAGCUUUGUUGAAUCAUACGACGAUCCUGGACGUUAUGGCCGUGGGCGUUACAGCCGUAAAAUGCUUCCCGAUAUUCAGCUGUAUCAGUGGAGGAAGGGGUCUCAGUGGUUUGAACUUAGCCGCACUUUAGCUGCUUUAAUAGUCUCAGAAGUACAGUACUACACCGUCUUCAGCAAAUAUUGUUUGCCUGCUUGCUACCCAGAUGAGCAUUACAUGCCAACUUACUUCAAUAUGUUCCAUGGUUCACUGAACUCUAAUCGGACUGUGACUUGGGUAGACUGGUCUUUGGGAGGACCACACCCUGCAACAUAUGGCGGAGAUAAUAUUACAGAAGAUUUUAUACGGUCUAUAAGGAAUAAUGGAGCACUUUGUCAGUACAAUGCAGAGAUGACAUCCAUUUGUUACCUAUUUGCUAGGAAGUUUGCUCCAACAGCAUUGGAGCCUCUGCUCGAGCUUGCCUCAUCCGUGAUGGAAUUUUGAGAACAUUGGUUCAUUCGGAAGAGAACUUGUGGUAGGACUGCAUCAAUAUCGUUGGUGUCCUAAUCAAUUUUGUCUUUAUACAAAUGUACAGGUAGUUUUGGAUAGAGGCAUUUGGUUCCGUACCAUUGAGAUUCAAGAGAGAUAUUAUUCUUGAAUAAAUUUGGAAAUCCAGCAAAAGUCCUGCAAAGGAAGAUGCAUGACUGUAUCCACCGUCCAGCAGCAAAACCUCAUGAUGAGAACUGGUCGAAAUGAGUUUACCAACUCUCUAACUUCAUCCAAUAGUAACCCUCCAUCACUUUGAUCAACAACUUGGUCAGAGCUUGUAUUGCUCUCUGAGAAUAUCUUUCCAUCUCCAUGUUCAGAAAUCCAGUAUUCCUGUUGUGCAAAAGAGGUAAUACCUCACCAGCUUUCGGUUCGAAGUGACCAGCAAGAGGGAUAGCAAAGGGUCCCAAAAUUUCUCACUCUGAAUAACAGCUAGACCUCUUAACGACACAUGCCUUUAUGGAGGAUCAACGUAGCUGUAGAGUCUUUGCAAACUCGACAAGCCAAUUCAAGUAAUUUUUGAAGCAUUCGACUAUAGCUCUUUUAACAAUUGUGAAGUGGCUGUGCAUUUCCAAAAGCAAUGUAACGCGAAUUCCAUCCUACAAUUCCCAUGCUUCAAAUUAAGCCUCUCAGCCUGAGAUUUAAUACUUGUAUGUUGACCAUUUGUAGUAAUUCACCCCCUGCAAGGCACCUAGUUUCUGCCUAUGAAAGUUUCUGGUUCCUCACGACUACGGCAAACAACUUGUAAUGCAGUUCGGAAUACUUCAUUAAACAUGUAGCAAUUAUGGAAAAUAAAUAAAUUUGAAUAAAUUUAGUGAUCCUUUCGGUCAAAA